AUGUCUCUAAGAAAAGUUCUAAAUCUAACAAAAGCAACAUGCUGCAGAGCUACAGCUAUAAAUACAACACUUUAUUCAAGACUAAAUGUUUGUGUAUUGGCUCCAAGUGCAGUUAGAUUUUACUCGGACAAGAACAUAGGGCAGAAAGAUAAGAUGGGACAGGAGCCUGAAAAGGUUGAUAUUAUUGGUCGUCUAUUUCCUAAAGCACCUGAAGAUGCACAGGAAAUAAAAAAAGAGCAGGAGAAAUUUGAAAAGGAGAAAAAAGAAAAGUCGGAGGAAAAUGAAAAAAGUUGGAGAAGAAUGAAAAUUGGGUUUGCAGUGUUUGGUGGCGCUAUGACAGUGAUGGGAGGUUGCCUGGUAGUGGAAAUGGGUGCACCACGGCGCGACGAUGAAGGGAAAAUAAUUGAAGAUGAAUAUUCAAAUUUACCCAUAGUGUUACAAUAUUUAAAACGCACGUGGAAGGAGCUUACUUUUUAUGAAAAGAUGAUAAAAGAGCCAUCACGUGAGAAACUCUUACCCGAUCCUCUACCGCCGCCGUAUCAACCGACUUACACUCUCGUCUUAGAGUUCACUGACGUACUUAUGCACCCGGAUUGGUCCUAUCAGACCGGAUGGAGGUUUAAGAAACGCCCCGGUGUAGACCAGUUCCUUCAAGCCGUCGCCAGCUCCAACUACGAGGUUGUAAUCUUCACUACAGAAAAUGUCUUUAUGAUUUGGCCAGUGUUGGACAAGUUGGACCCAGAGAACAAGUACAUUUCAUACAGGCUAUUUAGGGAUUCCACGCAUUUUAUUGACGGUGUUCAUGUUAAGAAUUUGGAUGGCCUCAAUCGGGAUCUGUCAAAGGUAAUUGUUGUGGACUGGAAUAAGCAGGCAGUGAAGUUCCAUCCGCAGAACUCGCUUAUACUUAACAAGUGGAAGGGCAACGACGACGACACCGCACUCUUGGAUCUCGCGAACUUGUUGCAGGCAAUCGCUAUGUCAAAUGUGACGGACGUGAGGGAGGUGUUGACGUAUUACAGCCAAUUCAACGACCCAAUUGCCGCUUUUAGAGAGAACCAGAGGAAGCUGUUGGAACAGAUGGAGGAGAAAGAGAGGGAAACAAAGAACGCAGAGCAACCGCUCACGAGGAAUUGGUUGAGAAGCUUCACGAGACGCUAG